UGUUUUGCGGCAAUUUCUUAACGUUUAGAAUAAUAAUAUAAGUGAUUAUUAUGUCAAUGGCCAUUUCAUCGGCUCGUGAAUCACUUUCACUUGCCUUAAGCAAUCGCUUUCUGCCCAAUUUGGAGUAUUUGCUGCAAGGCUCCAUUUUGGAUUCAGCUGUGGAGCAUUUGAUGCACAGAUUAAAAGGUUUAUGUGAUAAUGUGGAUACCUCACCGGAGCCAUUUCAUGACCUGGAGGUAUGCAUGAGUUUGCGUCAAGCGAAUUCCAAUCAGCCGCUGCUGCUGCGCGUCCGCCGUGCACUUGGCCGGGAUGCUCCGUUCCAGAUGCGGUAUCUGGGACAGCCGGAGGUGGAUAUACGGCGACCCACACUGGUGCGCAGUUGCAUGGACUGUGCCUGCACCAAUGGCAUACUUGAUUUUCUCUCCGAAAUGGGUUUCCGCUUGGAAUUCGAGUACAUAGCCAAGGGCUACAUGUUUCGCAAGGGCCGCAUGAAGAUAACUGUCUCGAAGCUCAUCAAAAUUGUGCCCGGCAAGCAACAGGAUAUGGCCAAUGAGCCCAUCUCCCAGAGCUACAUUGUGGAGCUCUCUGUGGUGGCGCCAACGGGACAGGAGAAUGUCGGCGAGGAGAUGCGUGUGUUUGCCGAGCAACUCAAACCUCUGGUUCAGCUCGAGAAGAUCGACUACAAACGUCUCGGCAACUUGCCAUAAUCCUGUCAAACUCUACUAGCAAUUUAAAUAUAGCACUUUAAUUAGAUAAAAACCAUGAAA